AUGGAUUCUCUUCUCUCCAUCCUCUUCUUUCUUCUCACUCUAUCUUCUCUCAACCCUUCCUUUGCUUCACAACCCUCUUACCAAGACCACUGUGGCUCCAUAGUUCCAGAGUCAACUCCCAAUGAAAACACUCACAAUUCUACCCCUUUUGAUGAUCAUCAAAGAGGUUACUUCACAGGUGGUGAUAGCAUCAUCGAUGGUGGAACUUCCUUAAACCAAUACUUUGACCUCCAACCAAUGUACAUACGUGCAACCAAGUUCUCUGACUUGUUCAAUGUUGAAGCCACUGUUUCACUCACAUCCAGCAUAUCUUACUACUACCCUGUGGGGAACUCAAGCCAUGGUGACAGCUUAAGAUAUGAACGGAAACGCCGCUACCGUAGAAACCAUGUGUACUUCAAGCUUGAAGGGUUCUGGUCUGAGUCUUCAGGGAAGGCUUGCAUGGUAGGGAAAGGAAAUGGUUAUUCUAAGACAGGUAAGCAUCUUAAUUUGGAUGCUGUGUUUAAGCUUGAUAAGGUUUUCAGUGCAAGCAAUAUCACUAGCUUGGUUAGUGGAAGCUUGGAGAGCUUGAGUUCUCCAAAGGAUGAGAGCUACUUCAAACCCAUUUCUGUGGUGAUGUUUCCAAAAGCAAAUUACAAAUAUACCUUGAAUUCCACCGAAGUUACCAAUGAGUUCUCUUCUGGGAGUGAUGCUAUGAAGGGUGGUUUGUCAUUGAGUUCAUUGAGUUUUUGUUCUCGUCCCCUCUCAAGGGCUAUUAGAAGGCUCCCAUUAGAGUUCUCUCCUGAGUGCAAUUCUUCAAAGAACUGCACUCCUUUUAGUGAGAAUUCUGGUCCACUGCCAUUUCUAGUGUCUUUGAAAGGCAUUGAGUGUUCCAUUUCUAACAACAAGCAUAGGUUGCGGAUUCUGGUGAGGUUUUUGAAUACUAGUAACUAUUGGAUUAGCCAGAGUUUCAAUCCUAAAACUAUGUUGGUAGGAGAGGGAUGGUGGGAUGAGAAGAAAAACAUGUUGUGUGUAGUGGCUUGUCAUAUCAUAGAAUCAUCCUUGGCUGGCACGCAUGUGGGUGAUUGCUCAAUAAGACUAAGAUUGAGAUUCCCCUCAACUUGGUCAAUCAACAGCACUAGUAGCAUAGUUGGCCAAAUUUGGAGCAACAAGAGUACUAAUGAUUCAGGCUACUUCAAGAAGAUAACAUUUAGAAAUGAAGAUGAUGGUAGUGUGGGAAUUCAAGCUACAAAGUAUGAGUAUAGCCUACUAGACAGAGCUAAGAAGUCAUGCCCAGCACCCAAGCCUGUGAAGAACAAGGAGAAAAGAUAUCCAGAUGCCAAUUCUUAUGACAUGAGAUUUGACAUGGCAGUUAGAGAGUCCAACAAAAGAGUAGCAUGGGGUUAUUCAUCUCCCUUGGCUGUUGGUGGUGAGAUCUCUACCAUAGAUCAGAUCUCAAGCUCCAUUACAGUGGACUCUACCUUUGAUCAGAAUGUCUCAAGCUCCAUUGUAGAAUCUCCUGAGGUAGUACUCCACAGUGGUGGCUUGUUUAACAUCAGCUACAAAAUCUCACUGUGGCCUAAUUCAACCUCAAAUGAUAAGAAUUCCCUGCUUAAUCAUUCCUCUGGGUCAGUGAGGAUUUCUGCUGAAGGAAUUUAUGAUUCUGGAGAAGGAAGCUUGUGUAUGAUAGGCUGCCGCGAUCUUCACUUGAACUCUCUCACACCAACAGCUCAUUCUGUGGAUUGUGAGAUUGUGGUGAAGUUUCAGCUACCACCAUUAGAUGAAAGAAGUGGAAUCUACAUCAAGGGAAGCAUCGAAAGCACACGCAAAAAGUCAGAUUCUCUAUACUUCAAACCUUUGGAGUUAUCUUCAGCUGCAUUUUACACUGAAGCAGCAGAAAAAUUAGUUUGGAGAAUGGAUAUGGAGACCAUCAUGGUUCUGAUAUCUACCACUCUAGCAUCUGUUUUUGUGGGAUUGCAGCUUUACCAUGUGAAGAGACACCCCAAUGUGCUCCCCUUGCUCUCACUUGUUAUGAUGGCAAUGCUUACUUUGGGAUACAUGAUACCCCUUGUUCUGAACUUUGAGGCACUUAUUGCUCAAAAUCCUAACAACAAAAACUUUGUGUUUGGAAAUGUUGUGUGGCUUGAAGUGAAUGAAAUAGCUGUGAGGCUAAUCACCAUGGUGGCUUUCUUGUUGCAAUUCCGACUCCUUCAGCUAACUUGGUCAUCAAGAAAGAGUGAUGAAAGCAAUAAAGGCCUUUGGAUUGCUGAGAGAAAGGCUACUUGUGUCACUUUAGCCUUGUACGCUGCUGGUUUAUUGAUUGCAUUGCUGUUGAAGUUGAAGAAAGAUGGAGAUGCGGUUCCUGUCAUUACUCCAUUGAACCAACACCAUUCAUCUUGGGAGAACAUAAAAUCUUAUGGCGGUUUGGUAUUGGAUGGUUUUCUCUUGCCACAAAUCAUUCUAAACCUGUUCUCGAACAUGAGGGGCAACGUUCUUUCAUGUUCUUUUUACUUUGGAACCACUUUUGUGAGACUGUUGCCACAUGCUUAUGAUCUUUACAGGACUCAUAAUUAUGCUCGCGUAGAUAGUGGAUCAUACUUCUAUGCAGAUCCAAGUGCAGAUUUUUACUCCACUGCUUGGGAUAUUGUGAUUCCAUUGGGAGGUGUCCUGCUUGCUAUCAUUAUCUACUUGCAGCAACGUUUUGGCGCUCAUUGUAUUCUUCCUCAAAGAUUCAAAGGGUCUAAGGUAUAUGAAAAGGUUCCUGUGGUUGCUGAAUCAGAAGCUGAAGUAGAGACCGCCAACUUGUAA